ACAUCUCUUCGGCCCUUCUCCCCUGACGGGAGUCGACGCGUCGUUCCCUUGUCCAGAGUGUCGACAAUAGCCUCACCUUCGACUGCGCUUUUGAUACACUUCGAAUAUCGCCAGAAGUCGACAUGUCAGAACCUCCCAGAACGAAUAAGACUCACGUCGUACGCAAUGGAUCGCUGUCCCCUCUGCAAUGACCAAGAGAAGAAGGACGAAAGCGAUGCAAGGCUCGUCUUCGAUUUCACGCCAGAUGAGCUGCUGCUCUCGGCCAGUAAAGAGCACCGCAAGUCUUGCUUGGUCAUACUCAAAGGCUUCCGCCAGGUCGAGGAUUCAUAUCUGAAACACUUCCACGAGGAAGUCAAGACAGUAGUGGCCUAUUGCCACAAGAUUUGCGAAGACGACUUGCCUUGGACGCAACAACUCUACUAUCAAGUUCGAUAUCAAAAUAGCGGGCCGGAACCCUCCGGGACAAGUGGAGGAUGCAGCCAUCGUCGUCACUGCUUCUGCCGCCGAGGCUCUCCCGGUGUACACAUACAGCGACUCGGACGCAUGCCGACCUGGAUGUCUUUUAAUGCAGAUUAUCCAUUGUCAGUGGACAGGUGAUACACUCACACUUAUACUGUAUGCCAUUUGAUGUGCACCCGACGGGUUCUGUUCGAUUGGUGAUCAGAUCGAAGCCGCGGAAGUACGCAGGUGCAAAUAUACGUCGUAUAAUUAGGGUGUGAGGAUCUCCUUUCAGUGCGGGGAGAGACAUGGUAUAGGCUCCCCCGCAGUGGAGUUGGAUCGCUCUGGACUGCAUUGGUGAGCGAUUCGAUACACCCUGUUGUCA